AAUAAGUAAAUUAAAUAUAAGCUAAAUUAGCAUAGGAAUUAUUAGCAAAUGACGAAGUAGACGAGAUCAAAUAAAAUCGCAGGUAAAUGUGUGGGGGACAAUUGAUUGGUUAUACACAAGUGGAGGUGGAAGAAAUUUCAGUGAGGAAGCACGAAUGAAUCGUCAGUAGAUCUGUCAGUUUCGCGCGGGCUUUUCUGGAGGUUGGAACUUGACAGUCACACUUAUUUCGACAACUAUUUUAUUUUACAACGAUUAUUCAAUUCAAUAUAUUACAUUUUAUAUAUAAAACAUUAAUAUAACUAGAGUUUAAAAUUAUAUCCAACAAGAUUUGUUAUUUAUUGCUGGACCAGUUAAUUGAAUGAGGAGAAAACGAAAACGAGGAUUUAAAUAGUGGAAGUAGAAUGUAUAAAUUUUUAAAAAUAAUCAAUAACAAUUUUAAAUUGUAGCAAAUUGGAUCAUAAGGAUUUGAAUAUUUAUUUUUCUUAACUAAGAUAUUCUAUUUUGACUCGGUAAAUAUAUUUUAAAAUUAAAAAUUUUUUUUUACCGUGGAAAGACACCAACGUUAUGACCAAUUUCAAUGGGGUGAAAAACGACAAGCAAUCAGAUGCGGAGUGGCAAAAAAUUGAUACGGAUCAUGAUACAGAAGAAUUACACGUUUAUGGAUACGGAAGAAGUUACUUUAACACGAGUUUAACAUAUUUAUCAUAUAUCUUAACUGUUGGAUGGAUUCGCUUAUUUUUUCAUUGGUAUCCACAUUUUCUUUUGUACGCAACUCACCGAAGAUGUCCAUUGAAUCGAGCGACGAAACUGCUGAUAAUUGAUGAUUAUCAGGGAAAAUACAAGUCAUACUUUGUGAAGGAUAUCAAAGUGAUUGGAACAAAAAAUCUAAAAUCUCACACAUAUAACAAGACUUUAUUCAGCAAUGUUAAUGAAGAGACACGAACAAGUAUUGAAGGAAAAAAUUUAGAUAUAAACUUAGCAAAUGGAACUAAAAAACAAGUGCCUGAAUACCGAGCAUUUUGGUUCAAGAAACAAUGCUAUGUUUGGGAUGAUACACGAGAAGAAUUUUCACGUUUGAUUGGAUUGGACAAAUAUGUAGCAUGUACAGAGCUUCAUUUAGGACAUAGUGCAGGUCUUUCCAAGGAAGAGCAAUUAUUAAGGAGAAUAGUAUAUGGAAAUAAUGAAAUUGUUGUUCCUGUUCAAAGUAUUUUUGUUCUAUUCCUAUUGGAGUUUUUCAACCCUUUUUAUAUUUUCCAAGUCUUUACAAUAUGUGUGUGGCUCGCAGAUUCAUAUUAUUAUUACACAGGAGCAAUCAUUUUGAUGUCAAUUUUCAGUAUUACAAGUUCAAUCCUCCAGACCCGUCGAAAUCAAAAAAAUUUACAUGGAACAGUAAAAACAAUAGAAGUGGUACGUGUGAGAAGAGCUUCUGGUGAGUUCGAAAAUAUUUCCAGUACAGAGUUAGUACCUGGCGACAUAAUAGAGCUGCCCAAGUAUCAAGGAAUGGUAGUUUGUGAUGCCGUUUUAUUAACAGGAUACUGUAUCGUCAAUGAAUCCAUGCUUACGGGAGAAUCAGUUCCUGUUACAAAAACACCACUCACUUCAAGACCACUGCUCUAUGAUCCAAAAGAAUGCUCACAACACACUCUCUAUAGUGGAACAACGAUCAUUCAAACAAGACAUUAUGAAAAUAGUCCAGUAUUAGCAAGAGUAAUUCGAACAGGUCUUCAAACAAAUCGUGGUGCCUUAGUAGCUGCUAUUUUAUACCCCCCACCAGCAGAUUUUAAAUUUGAUCAAGAUACAUAUAAAUUUAUUGGCAUUUUAGCAUGCAUAGCUCUUUUAGGUUCUCUAUAUUCUGUUAUUACUAAAACUACAAAAGGAUUAGAUAUCAGUGAUAUCAUUAUAAGAUCACUUGAUAUGUUUACAAUUGUUAUCUGUCCGGCUUUACCAGCCGCAAUGACAGUUGGUAAACUUUACGCUCAAACACGUUUAAAGAAUGCACAAAUUUAUUGCAUCAACAGCCGAGUUAUUAAUGUGUCUGGAAGUAUCAACUGCAUUUGUUUUGACAAAACUGGGACACUUACUGAAGAUGGCUUAGAUAUGUGGGGAGCUGUACCAUGCACAAAUGGAGUAUUUAAAGAACCUGAAAAAGAUGUAAAAAAAUUGAAUAAUCAUUUGAUAUUUCAGGGAAUGUUAGUCUGUCAUAGCUUGACGCUCAUUGAAAAUGAAUUAUGCGGUGACCCUCUUGAUGUUAAGAUGUUCGAAAGCACUGGAUGGAUUUUAGAAGAGCCAGAAGUAACAGAUGCUAAUAAGUACGACUUUAUGCCACCAACAAUAGUGAAGCCACCACGAGAAGGAUCAAUGUUAACUGAAAAUAUGAACGAGAUACCUGAAAUAGGUAUUAUUCAACAAUAUCAAUUUUCUUCCUCAUUACAACGGAUGUCUGUAGUUGUACGUGUGCUCGGAUCUGAUCAUUUUCAAGCUUAUACCAAAGGUUCACCGGAAGUUAUUUUAAGUCUCAGUAAGCCCGAAACAAUACCACCAAAUAUUAUGAUGGUAAUGCAGCAAUAUACUGAAAAAGGAUACCGAGUUAUUGCUAUUGGACGAAAUGUUAUAACAAACAGUUAUAGUAACGUCCAAAAAAUGCAUCGAGAUCAAGUGGAGAAAGAUCUUGAAUUUUUAGGAUUAGUUAUUUUAGAAAAUAGAUUAAAAGAACCAACAAUUCGAGUCAUCGAUGAGUUAAGAGAAGCUAAUAUUCAUGUUUUAAUGAUUACUGGUGAUAAUAUUCAAACUGCUGUUAGUGUAGCUAAAGAAUGUAAAAUACUUUCAAGAGAAGAAACUGUGAUUGGAGUAACUGUUGUUCCAGGAGAUAAAAAACAUGAACAGAAAAUUUAUUUUAAUAUUCAAGGGAUGCCUGUAAAAUAUUCCCCAGAAAAAGGAAAAUUAAUGACGUCUUUAAAUAUGAUAGAAAAAGGAAUGGAGACAAUCAAUUACCGGUUUGCUUUAACUGGCCAGACUUGGCAAUUGUUGAGAGAAUUUUACCCAGAAUUAAUUCCGAAGAUUUGCGUUCGUGGAGCAGUUUUUGCCAGAAUGACGAGUGAACAAAAGCAGCAGUUAGUUGUAGAGUUAAUGCAGUUAGGUUAUUAUGUCGCUAUGUGUGGAGAUGGUGCAAAUGACUGUGGUGCACUCAGAGCAGCUCAUGUUGGAAUUUCACUUUCAGAAGCUGAAUCUAGUGUUGCGAGUCCAUUCACUUCUCGAAUACCAGACAUUACAUGCGUACCCAAGGUGAUCCGUCAAGGGCGAGCAGCUCUUGUAACAUCAUUCGGAAUUUUUAAGUUCAUGGUGACUAAUUCAUUGACAGAAUUUACAUCAGCAGUUAUUCUUUAUUCAAUAAACACCAACUUGGCGGAUUUACAAUUUCUUUUCAUAGAUAUUUUUCUUGUGAUUAAUUUUGCAUUUUUCUUUGGCAAAACACAAGCUUACGAAGGAAAAUUGGCACGACAACCACCAAUAUCAAGUUUACUAAGCUUUACAUCACUUUUUUCUUUCAUUCUGCAAAUGAUAAAUGUAGCGGUCUUUCAAACAAUUGCAUUUUAUGGAGUUGAAAAGUUUUCUUGGUUCCAACCGUUUGUUGAACGAGGUCCAAUGUAUUGGAGCUGUCAUCAAAAUUAUUCAGUCUUUACUCUCUCUUUGUUUCAGUACAUUGCAAUGGCUAUAGUUUUUUCGCGAGGUAAACCUUACAGACAAGCGGUUUAUACAAAUAGUUUAUUUAUUACUUCGAUAUUGUUAUUAACGGGAGUAUGCAUUUACAUAACAAUUUAUCCGGCCAGUUGGAUUAUACAUAUUCUACAAUUGGAAGUGCCACCGGAUUAUGAAUGGCCAAGUAUUAUUUUAGUUCUUGCUUUAAUUAAUUUCUUUGUAUCAUUAUUUGUAGAAAUGGUUAUUAUUGAGUAUUUAAUUGAGAAGGUGAUUAAACCAAGAUUAUAUCAGCCUGAAAAAUCAAAGAAAAAUUAUCUUGUUGUCCAGGAAGGAUUAAAAAAUGAACCAGAAUGGCCAAAAGUAAACAAUGAAUUACCAAUUCUUCCGAUUACCCCGAGUAUUGAAAAUAUUCUGAAAACUAGUGACACAAUUAAUAAUUGUGAAGAAAAUAAAAAAGAAGUAUCUGUAGGAGUAGAAAAUUUGGGAUAUGUUGAUGAUGAGUUCAAUGAAACAACGAAAUUUUAAAUAUUUUUACUAUUUUUUUUUACUUAUUGAAUAGAUACCGUUAUCAUUAUUUGCAAAAAAACUUUUAUAUGUAUAGUAAUUGUGUCAAUUUUUAAUAGUUUAUUAUUGACUAUCAUUAAAAGUAAACGAAAUGCUCGUAAAUAAAAAUGUGUGUGACACUGCGAAAUUACGAAUGAUUAUCAGUAUUCAAACAAAAGACACAUAUAUGAUUAAAAAAAAAGUAUAAAUAAAACAAUUAUUUUCUAUCAAUUUA